AUGGCUGGAAAUACUGACAGAUACCCCCGAUUCGAAGAUCUUCCGCUGAGAAAGGGGGAUCCUCCAUUCUCUUCAUGGGGACUCUGGGGGGUCGAUGACCAAGUUGGGACAAUAAACCAUCUCACACCAGAGGUAGUUAGAAAGGCUGCCAGGGAGAUCACGAGUGGGAAUCGAUUCAGCUUAAAUUGGCCACUAAAUACACCAAAGACUCCCGGCUUUCAACGGUCCAGCCCUGAUGAACAGUUCAGGCACGAGCUAUGUCGCUUGAACCCGCAGGUACUUGCCUUCGAUGAUAGAGUCUCCUUCAACACUCAAGUCAGUACCCAGGUCGACGGACUUCGCCACUUCGCCUACCAAGACGCGAGGCUUUUCUAUAAUGGACAUAAUGAGCAAUCUAUCUUGGCUCCUGGUUCAACUCUUCUGGGUACACAUCAUUGGCAUACUAAGGGUGGACUUGUGGGGCGUGGAGUUUUAAUCGACUUUUGGUCUUAUGCUCAACGUCACCAAGGCAAAGGUUACGACCCUUGCGCCAUUCCUUCACAAGCUAUCACAUUUGACGACAUCAUGGCCUGUUUCCACGAGCAACAGCAGCUAUCCACUACUGACUUGCUCCUCCAUAAAGGCGAUAUGAUCAUUUUCCGCAUGGGCUAUGUCAAGCAGUAUGAGCGGCUGACGCCUGAAGAAGAAAGAGACUUGAGCACGAGGUCUAUCCCCGAAACAUGUGGGAUCUCGCAAGAUGAGCGGAUGUUGAAGUUCCUGUGGGACCACCGGGUUUCAUUUGUAGGUUCUGAUACUCCAGCCUGGGAGAAAUUACCGCCAGUACCCGGGGCAUCAUUCUUAUAUCAUGAGGUGUUGAUCGCCGGAUGGGGUUGUCCAAUUGGCGAGAUGCUAGUGUUGGAUGAGCUGGCUGAGGCCUGCUUGGACAACAGGAAGUGGACCUUCUUCCUGUCAUCAGCGCCUCUGAAUGUACCAGGUGGAGUUGCCAGCCCCGCGAAUAUAAUAGCUAUUCUGUAG